AUUAAAUCCCAGUUGCUUUCUGUCGUUGGUUUGUUUAACACCAAGCCUUGAACCCCAAGAAGUCUUCAUCUCCGUUCUUUCUUGGGUUUUCUUUCUCAACGGUUUACAAGCUUCAAGAGGAGGUUUUUCGUUAAGAAAAUUAACGAGCUUCCAAGUGGGUGUUCUGCAUCACAGACUUCAGUCAAGUAUUAUGAGGUUCUUCAUUGCUUCUGCAUUUCUUUACCAUUCUUUUGUUUCAAAUUUCGUUAUCUAUGUUGGAAUUCUGUCAGAAGCAGAAAAAUUGUUCUUUAGUUCCUUUUUCUGUUUAAUUUGGUCUUGAAUUUGCACAUCUCCUUGUAAAGGUUCUGCAAUUUGUGAAAGAUUAAACUGCUCUGUAGUUCUCAAGUUCAUUUUGGUUUAUCUAGAUUCGUGAUUCCAGGUUCGAGGGGAAGAAAUCCCUGCUUAUUCUGUGGAUGGAUUUGAUCUCACAUCUCUAGAUUGAUUUGGGGGAGAUGUGUGUUCUUGUUCUUAUUCUUUGUUUGUGGAUUACACUUUUAGUUUCUAGUUGUAGAAUCUGAUUCGACAACCUGGAUGUCUUGUGAAUUGAAAUUUUAAAUCCGCAGCCUUGAUCUUCAUCAAGGGAUUCGAAUUUGCUUCCGUUCUUGCCGCUUCUCUCUAUUUCCUAGCCGGAGGACCGUUUAGCUUCUGCAGCUUCAAUAUGCAGGGAGCUCGACUACUUGUUUGGGUUUAGGCUGGUUGUCUUGGAGAUCUUUUUAGGUUCCAAUUCCAUUACUUACCCCCGGUUUUCAUUAGCAUUCAUUUGUUAUGGAAAAUAACCCGCAGAAAUGCCGGCACCGGUAUCUCGGUAUAGGAAUGACCGACGGAAAUAAUUCUAGUGUCUUAGAUUCUAACCGUUCAAUAACAGAUAGAUCAAAGGUGCACGUACAGAAUAGAGAUAUCGGAUUUUUAGUGCCAGAGACUAUCCAAGAUCAGGAAACACCAGUUUCUGACUCCGAGAGUGGUAUUUGUGGUGCCAGUCUUCAGGGAAGUCGAAUCUUUGGUGGGGAUGGAAUGAUAAGAUUGGAAGGAGGAGAUAAAGAGCAUAACAAUAUCAAGCAAAGAUUCCUAUUGGGUAUGAGAUCAGUUGGAAGGCAUACAGAGGUUGUUAGGAUUCACAAAAAUUCUUUCUCAAAUUUCCUUGGAAGAACCAGAAUACAGUCAUUUGGGAUUUUCUCAGGAGCAAUCACACAGAAGUGCCACGGCAACGCCAAUAUCAAAUAUGUUUGGUACGGGACUUCAAAGGAUGGAAUCGAAGGAUCAUUUCUCAUGGUUUUGGGCAGCGUGGGGGGCCUGAGAACAAUAGAUUGUAUGGUUCUGGGCUCUAGUCGAACAAUAGAUUGUUAGGCUUAAACUCAAUUCGAACUAGAGACUUGAGAAGCCCGAUUCAAAGCUCUCUCUCAAUCAAUCAAGGCUGUUCCUCGAAAAUUGACUUCUGAAUGUUAUUUGUUCUCAGGAAUUUAAGGCUCCUUCACCAGGGAGAAACGCCAAAUAGUUAGAGAGCCUGUUAGAGGAAGGAAAAGGCAACUAGAACUGAUUGGCCAAACAAAACGAUGAAGAUAGAAAAUUCAGCGGAUUCCCGAAUGACAGUCUCUUGUUUCUUUGUUCCUAUUCUCCUCAGCUUGUUCAUACAAAGGUAACUUCACUGGGAGGCAAA